UCUCGUCUCUCGGUCCCAGUCACGGUGUCGCGGCUGUCUGCGGCUAUAAAAGAGAACCGCUCCUUAGAAACCCGUUCAGUGCGUCUCUCCGCCGCCACUGCAGCAGCUCGCGCUCGUGGACGGACGAGGAUGGCGACACGCGUGGAACCGGCGGCGGACGCGCAGCCCUCGUGCAGCGCCACCGCAUCGCCCUCGAGUCUUUCCCACCGCUUUCUCGACGACAGGUUUUACCUUCUGGUGGUUAUCGGGGAGGUGGUGACGGAGGACCACCUGAGGUGUGCCAUUGCGGAUGUGGAGCGAGGAAUCCGCUCAUGGGACACAAACCUCAUUGACUGCAACUUGGACCAGGAGCUCAAGCUUUUUGUUUCACGUCAUUCAGCACGAUUUUCACCUGAUGUACGAGGUCAGAAAAUACUCCACCACAAAAGCAAUGUUCUGGAAACGGUGGUGUUAAUCAAUCCUUCAGAUGAAGCUGUCAGCACUGAAGUACGGCUGCUUGUCUCAGAUACUGCUAGACACAAACUUUUGGUGCUGUCAGGACAAUGUUUUGAAAACACCGGAGAGCUUAUUCUUCAGUCUGGCUCCUUUUCUUUCCUGAACUUCAUAGACAUUUUCACUGACCAGGAGAUUGGUGAACUUCUCAGCACCACACACCCAGCAAACAAAGCAAGCCUCACUUUAUUUGUCCCUGAAGAAGGCGACUGGAAAAAUUCUAACCUGGAUAGACACAAUUUACAAGACUUCAUUAAUUUAAAAUUGAACUCUGCCCUGAUACUCCCUGAAAUGGAAGGCCUCUCGGAGUUUACAGAGUACUUGUCAGAGUCUGUAGAGAUUUCAUCACCAUUUGACAUGCUGGAACCACCAACAUCUGGGGGAUUCUUGAAGCUCUCUAAACCAUGUUGCUACAUUUUCCCUGGAGGCCGUGGAGACUCAGCUUUGUUUGCUGUAAAUGGGUUCAACAUGCUUAUUAAUGGGGGGUCAGAUCGUAAGUCCUGCUUCUGGAAACUGGUCCGACACUUGGACCGUGUGGACUCCAUUCUGUUGACACACAUUGGAGAUGACAAUCUGCCAGGGAUUAACAGUAUGCUGCAGCGGAAAAUAGCAGAACUGGAAGAGGAACAGUCUCAGGGCUCCACUGCUAACAGUGACUGGAUGAAAAAUUUGAUUUCCCCAGAUCUGGGAGUUGUGUUCCUUAACAUUCCAGAAAAUCUUGACAAGCCAGAACCAAACUACAGAGUGAGGAGGAAUAUUGAAGAGGCGUUUUUCACUCUGCAGUUCUUGAACAAGCUUUCCCUAAAACCAGAGCCUCUUUAUAGGUCAGUUGGAAAUACAAUAGAGCCUAUAAUACUGUUUCAGAAAAUGGGUGUUGGAAAGUUAGAGAUGUAUGUGCUUAACCCAGCUAAAAACAGUAAAGAGCUGCAGUACUUCAUGAAACAGUGGACAGGUAGUGAGAAAGAUAAAGCAUCUGUGUUGCUUCCAAAUGGAAAAGAGUCUGAGAUGCCAGUUUCCUAUCUAACCUCAAUAUCAUCAUUGAUAGUGUGGCACCCAGCCAAUCCCAUAGAAAAGAUAGUCCGUGUCUUGUUUCCUGGCAACGCUACACAACAUAAUAUUCUUGAAGGACUGGAGAAACUCAAACAUUUAGAUUUUCUGAAACAACCUGUUGUCACUCGAAAGGAACUGUCCUCAGACUUGGCACCAGCACUGAAGCAAGCAAAAAUGAAACACAAAAGUGAUAGUAAGGAAAGUUUGAAGUCAACCUCUAGGCCAUCAUCAAGCCGAGGUUUCAGGAAAGAAUCUAAAGAAGAGGCUCCAGAAAAAGCAAAAACUGACACAGAAGGUGCAAAAGAAAAGACACAAAAAUCUGAGAAGAAAGAAAAGCCUUUGAAAAAAGAUAAGGCAACAGCUCAGACAACAGAGAAAGAAAUUAAAAUAAAGCCAGAGCCAGCACCCAAAGUUGAACCUGCAGAGAAAAAAUCAGAAGCAAAACCAAAAGCAGCAAAGGAAAAGGUAGUAAAAAAAGAAACUAAGAAAUCUGAAUCUAAAAAGGAAGUGGUUAAGAAAGAGGAGAAGUCUGUAUCUAAGAAGGAGGAAAAGCCCAAAAAGGAAGAGAAAGUAAAAAAGGAAGAACCCAAAAAAGAGGUAAAAAAGGAAAUAAAAAAGGAUUUGAAAAGGGAUUCUCCAGUGAAAGAGGUUAAAAAAGAAGAAAAGAAGGAGAUAAAGAAAGAAGAUAAAGAACCAAAGAAAGAGGCAAAAAAACCUGCUAAGGAUGUGAAGAAAGUCUCAUCUCUUACUGGAGAUGCCAAAAAGCCAGUGACAAAACCAAAAGUUCAAAAAAAAGAUGAAGUGUCAAAGAAGGACACUGCAACUCCUGGAAAAUCCAAAGACAAAGAUAAAAUCAAAGCCAGUAAAAAAGAUUCUAAGCCCGAUGAAUCCAAACUUGACACUACUGGUGACGCUUCAGUUGGGACAGCCACAGCUGUCAAUGUUGCCAAGGCUCUUGAAACAGAAAGAUCUUUAAUGUCCUCGCCAGAGGACCUCACAAAAGACUUUGAGGAGCUCAAAGCAGAACAGCUUGUUGACAAUGAGACAGUGCCUCAAAGUAAACAAGAGGAGCCGGAGCCAGCUGAGAUAAUACAGCCCGAAGACAAUGUAUUCUGCAAAAAAUCUCCGGAAACAGACGAACGUGCAGAAUCUCUUGAUGAGGGAAUAACAACAACUGAGGCAGAGGGAGAAUGUGGAGAGACCCCAGAUGAACUAGAGCCUAAAGGAAAAAUGCAUAUUGAUGCUAAUGAGAAAUUUGAGGAUGAGGGCACAGGCUUAGAAGAGUCUUCAGAAGCUGGAGACUAUGAAGAAAAGGGAGAGACCGAGGAAGUUGAUGAGCAGCAAGUCCAUCAGGAAAAGAAAGACAAACAGGAUGCAGCAAAAUACAGUGACGACGUAGUCUUAGAAGACAAGAAAAGCAAAGCUUCUCCUACAUCAGGUAGUCCAAAUGGUAUUAAGUCCAAGGAAGAAGAAAAAGAAGAUGUUGACACAUCUGAAAAAGAUCAAGAAACAGAAGAAGAAAUAGAAGAAGAAAGCAUACCAGUUGUGAAAUAUGGACUGGACGAUAAGAAUAAGAGUCAGGAUAAUGGAUUUGAGGAGGAGGAAAAGAGCUCAUUUAUUACCAAGUCACUAAAAUUCUCAGGCCCCCAGUCUCCUUCAGCUGAGCGUAUCUCCAUCCAUGAUGAAACUCUUCCAGCAGGCCCUGAAAGUGAAGCAGCAUCUGAUGAAGAGACUAGAGAUGAGCCUCAAGAAGAAUAUACUGCCACUUCUGGCUAUACCCAGUCCACCAUUGAGAUUUCCAGUGUGCCAACACCAAUUGAUGAUAUGUCAACACCGAGAGAUAUUAUGAGUGAUGAGACUACUAAUGAUGAAACAGAGUCUCCCUCUCAGGAGUUUUCCAAGUAUGGAGUAACUAUGCCAUCAGCUGACUAUGAGAGAGCAAAGCUUUCUCCACUUCAUGACAGUCCAGAAUCAGAUCAUUCAAAGAGUGAUGCCACAGAAGGCAAGGAUUACCAUCCGUCAGCUUCCACUAUAUCACCACCGUCAUCACUGGAGGAAGAUAAGUCGUGCAAACCAUUUGAAUCAGAACUCUUUGAAGAAAAGGAAAAAGAAGGAAGAUACAGAUCAGACCUGGACAGUUCAGAUGCACUUACUCUUGACACAACAAAACUUAUUCCAGCUCCAUGUUCCCCAGUCAUAAAGAGUCCUAGCACUGAUCGAAAUGUGAAUUUUGACUUAGCUCCCACUGCUGUUGCAGCACCAGUUGAAUUAGGUACAACUCUUACAGGAUUCCCAAGUGAUGUGGUAGAACCUUCAAAUAGUCCAGAUGACAAGACACUCGAAGGUGCUUCUUCUUCACAGUCUGCCCCUGGGAGUCCUGGUCACACACCUUAUUAUCAGUCACCUGUAGAUGAAAAGGUUUGUGCUUUAGCAUCUGACACUGAUAUAAAAAGCCACACUCCACUUAUUGUUGAAGUAACAAGUGACAAAGAGGAGUCGAACAAAAGCAGUCCUUUGGAUGAACCUGUCCCGGCAUCGCCUGUUGAAAAAGUGCUCUCUCCUCUUUGUAGCCCACCAACCCUUGGAACUAGAUCACCAGAAGGGUUGCCUCAAGAUGGAAAAACAGAUUUGAAUCAGGACCAGUCAUCAACAGAGUUAAAACAUGAGGAAGAGGUGUCACCACAGGCUCAGAGUCCUUUAGGUGAUGGUAUGUCGGUCUUAUCUGUUGGAACACCAGGUGAAAAAGAAACCUCCAGUUUGACAUUUAUAAAUAAAGAGAGCUCCAGUGCUGAGAGCACUUCACAAGAAAAGGAAGAAGGACUAAUGAAAACUACUAAAGAUCUCUCGCCGACAUCAGCAGACACAGGCAUCUUUAUAGCUACCAAAGAUGAGAGUAAAAUGUCAAUAUCAGAAGGAACCACAUCUGAUAAGUCAGCCACUCCAGUUGAUGAAGUUGUGGCAGAAGACACAUUUUCCCAUAUUGCAUCUGCCUCAACAGCUUCCUUAGCUACUAGUUCAUUCCCUGAGCCAACAGCAGAUGAUGUUUCCCCAUCACUGCAUGCUGAAGUUGGUUCUCCUCAUUCAACAGAGGUAGAUGACUCUCUAUCUGUAUCUGUGGUUCAGACCCCAACUGCAUUCCAGGAAACAGAAAUCUCCCCUUCAAAAGAGGACAGCCCUAGACCAAUGUCAAUUUCUCCAGAUUUCUCUCCGAAAACAGCAAAAUCAAGAACACCAGUGCAGGAUGCAAAAUCACCAGAGCAGUCCACAAUGUCAGUGGAAUUUGGUCAAGAAUCUCCUGAUCACUCCUUAGCCUUAGAUUUUAGCAAACAGUCUCCUGAAUACCCUGUAUCUAGAGAAAACCAGCAACAUCAAGAAGUCACUGAAAAUGGACCUACCGAAGUAGAUUAUAGUCCUUCUGAUGUGGCUGACCAAAGAUUUGCAAGGCAAUGCAAACCAACAGUGGAGCAGGCAAUUAUUUUCAAAGAAACUGAUUCACCUCAUGCUGCUUCAGCCUCUCCUUCGGAAGGUUCUCAAUCUACUCCAUCAGUUAACACCCCUUCACAGACUUCUUCCCCUCUGAAGGAGGAGUUCCUGGUGAGUGCCUCAGGUCACAGUGAAGCUGCUCCGUGUGAUGCCAGUAGCCCAGCAUCUCCGGAGAGUUUGGUGAUCAAAACUGAAGAGACUUUGCAACAAGACAAGUCCCCUGUCACUCCAAAAAUGUCCUCACUUACCCAUUCACCUCUGUCUUCUGAUUCUUCAGUUGUGUCAGGAUGCCCUAUUACUAUGGACAAUGUACCUCUUAACAUUGUGGAAUCUACGCAGAAGACCCCAAGUCCAAAAGUAAGUCCCUCUGUCUGUCAACCAUUAUGCACAGACAGCCAAGAAGGGCUCAGCUUCACAGCUGGUGAAGUUAAACACAAGCUUGACACAUCACCCUCUCCCACUACAGUAGAAUCUACUUUUUCCUGUUUUACUCAGAAAACGGCAACAAUGACUUUCGCACCAGAGACUAAUCCGUUCAAAUGCGAAGAACCCUUCCAUCAGUCUAAAUCCCCUGUCAGUCCUAAAGCAUCAUCACCUUCACCUGUGUCACUUUCCCCUAAUUUAUCUGACAGUCAAAACAAGUUUAGUACCUCUCCUAAAGCAGCAUCUGCAUCUUACCCUCAAGGAUUUGGAAUUAGCUCUGCUCGCACUGGGGAAUUACAGACUAACAAACAAGAAAGCCAAAGUUGUUCAGGUGGUCCUGGCGACCUAGACAGCUCGAAAAAGAAUCGCUCCCCACAGUCUAGAACAGAUGUUGAUUUAUGUUUAGUUACUUCUUGUGAAUACCGUCAUCCAAAAACUGAACUAUCACCAUCCUUUAUCAACCCCAGCCCUCUUGAAUACUUCAUUAAUGAAGAGAAUUGUCAAGAAGAUGAAAAACCUUUGACUAAGCCUGGGGGGGGACAUCCACCUCCUGGUGGGAAGCAUCAUGCCAAACAAUGUGAUGAAACUCCACCGACUUCCGUAAGUGAAUCUGCUCCUUCACAGACUGAUUCUGAUGUGCCCCCAGGGACUGAAGAAUGUCCUUCCAUCACUGCAGAUGCUAACAUUGACUCUGAAGAUGAUUCUGAAACUCUCCCAACGGACAGAACACUCACUUACAGGCAUGCAGAUCCUCCUCCUGUCACAAUGCGGGAUGUUGCUCCAUCUCAGCCUCACCCUGAUGUCUGCAUGGUGGAUCCAGAAGUGAUGCCAGUGGACCAAAGUCUCCCAAAAACCCCAAAGAAAGAAGGUAGCGAAAAAGCAAAGAAGAAAAAACUUGGAAGUAAAACAAAAUCAUCUUCACCAGCCAGGAAGAGUGGUAAUGCAAAAGUAAGUGCUACUAAGGAAUCAGACAAAGUCGCAAAGACUUCAUCACCGAAAAAGGACCCCUCAGGGUCUAAAUUACAUGUUGGUACUGAAGUGAAGAGUGGAGAAGAUAAGGAUGCCAAAAAUGCAACCAAUACUUCUGCCUCAAAAGGUUCAAAAACUGCUACAUCAGCCCCUAGCAGUGUAAAGUCUUCUGGAGGACUCUCUACACCCAACUGCCCCCCAGUGUACCUGGACUUGGUAUACAUCCCGAACCACUGCAGUGCCAAGAAUGUUGAUGCAGAGUUUUUCAAGCGAGUGAGAUCAUCUUACUAUGUCGUGAGCGGCAAUGACCCAGGGGCAGAAGAACCCAGUAAGGCAGUUUUAGAUGCCUUGCUGGAAGGAAAAUCUCAGUGGGGCAAUAAUAUGCAGGUCACACUGAUUCCAACCCACGACUCAGAGGUCAUGAGGGAGUGGUACCAGGAGACGCAUGAAAAGCAACAGGAUUUGAACAUCAUGGUGCUAGCCAGCAGCAGCACUGUGGUCAUGCAAGAUGAGUCCUUCCCUGCUUGCAAGAUCGAGCUGUAAUUCUGCGGUCCCCGUAACACUGCCCAGAAUCCUUUGCUGUUUUAACAAAUUCUCAUUGUAAAAAAUUGAUUGUAGUCUAAAAGCAAUUACAGUUCAAGUAUAGCCAACAUUGCCAAUAAACUAAUUUACCAAAAUAGCUGUAAAACCUAUAAAGUUACUCAUCUGUAAACACAAAGGUAUACUGUAUUAGAAAAUUUCAGACUGCUAGGAAUUAUUUGCAAUUACAUAUUUAAAAUGCUAAUGGGUAUGUGUUUGUUAAUAUGAAAAAUGCCACUAGAAUACUGUCGCUGUCACAGCACCCCAGUGGAUGUGAAAUCUAAAGAUGUUAUUGGAUUUACAGGAGUUAAUGCCUGUUUAUCAGAGAGAAAAAUUUAUUAAUUUGCCAUCCAGAAAAAACUUAAGGCAUGUUCCCUGUUAGUACAGUUUUAACACAAUUGGUUCUUAUUAAUUCUUAGGAAAUCUGCAUGCUCACUAUCGUUGAUUGUGUUUAACCAAAACACAGACACAGGAUUACUAGAAUGGUUCUAUGUCUUAAAAUCAAAGGGCAAAUACAAAUCAUAGGUGGUCAUAUUGGAUGCAACAGAAUCAAAAUCUGAGUCGCCUGCAAGUGUCUCUUUGAAAUUAUAUGGAUAAAUCAGUUUAAUGCAUAUCAGUCAGAACACCUAAUCUAACAAUUCUAUAUCCAUGAUAGAAAUACUAAUAUUAUUGAAUUUUACCCUAAUGCAUAGACCAAAGGAUAAGACACUACAUAUUUCUUAUGCCUUAGAAAGUGAUUUGAAUGUAAAAGAGUCACAAUGCACUUAGAUUUCACAGGUGAUUCAGAUGUAUGUACACAACAAAAGAGGCAGGCAGCCAUCAAAGGCAGAGUCGGGGAAAUCUGCACUCAUGCUGUGUGUACCGUUAUGGUCCAUUCUGGGAAAAAAAAAAUCAUGGAGUCAUUGAAAAUAAAAGAUCCUGAAUGUCCAGCUGAACAAAAUUAUUUUUUGUGGUGAGAAUCGUUUUGCGAUAUUUGAUUAUAACUGCUUUCUCAUGGGAUUUUUUAAAAAGUGUUAAUAAAACUUUGAGGAGGGAGGGUUUGAAACUAUGUUCUAAAUGUUACUUUUUCAUUUUGUUUAUUUAAAUUAUUUCGAGUUCAUAAUUGCUAUGAAAAAUUUUAUACUAUUUAAGAAUAGUAUAUGACUGGCCAAAACACUAAGGGAUACACGUUUAUUUCCAUGAAUUGGCAUCCCGUUUGGAAGAUAAAGAGUAACCAAUAUUUUCACCGUGGUCAUUUAAUGCACUUCCUAUGCUGCUUUGACAGAAGCAAAUCAUUUAUUAGGUCAGCACAUCCUCAUUGUUCCUAAUCAUAAUCAGAGUGCAGAAAGUUUCACUGUAGGUGGAGUUAUUGUGAAUAGCAGUUUCUUAGCAUUAGCGAUUCGGUAUUUAGGUGGCAGUCUUCCUACAGUAAAAGCAAGCUCUGCUGGUUUUGCAUCAGUGUUUUUCCUGCAUUUAUGACUGUUUAGUAUUAACAUGUUUGCACAUGUUUGCACUUAAAUUACUUUAAGCCUUUUGGGGGACCAUGCUGGUCGAUUUUCUUGUGUGUUUUGCAUUAUUUAGAUUUAUUUAGGGUAUUUUGGGCAUUUGAAUACCCGAGUAGAAACUUCAGUAUGUCCCUGCACUUUUACAAACACUAAUUUUCAUUUGAUAUUACACAUUGUUGAAUAAAACUUUUCCUGGAGCUCUGUAUGUAAUCCAGCAACCAAUUCGCUUAUUAUCCACCUUUUUACACUAUAGUUCAAAAGGGAUGACAUAGCAGUUUUUGGAAAUCUGUGGUUCUCCGAAGCCAGAGCGUGUUUUAAUCUAUUGAAUAUUUCAGCUUUGAGAAAUAGCCUCUGAACAGUACUAAGUCAAGGCCUGCUAGAAUGUGGUACUUUGGUCCAUGAAACAUAAUACUUUUUUAAACUGUACUAUAAUUAUAAAUAAAUUUGUGGCAGGAUGAAUGGUUUAGAAAAAUGUGCAUGUGUAAUAUACUUUGAUUUUUUUUUUUUUUUUUUUUUAAGAGGGGAAAAGUUGUUCUGAACUGCCAACAAAAAAAAACAGAAAGUAAAGAAAUAAGUAAGUAGAAUCGUGCCCUGUGUAAUUCCUGGAUGACACUUGUCAUUUUUUAAUGCACAUGCUGAGUGGAAUUCUAUACAAGCAAUGCGUUUUAUAUGUGCAAAAACAUUUCUUUGGACAAAAUGUUGGGCAAAGCCGGGAGAACUGUGCUCCAAUAGGCGUAUGGAGCUAAUAAAGCUUCGUAACACUCAGUUGCCCUGAAGUCAUAAUGCUGCAGUCUUUAUCAGCAGAACAGUUCGCUAUUUUACAGCCUUGCGUGAUGUUAGAAUGAGUAUGAGGUGAUGACAUGGGUACCCAGGAUGACAGUACUGUAUGUGGAAGUGGAAUUGUAACUAAUGAGUGUAAGUGUUUCAUAUUUAGGCAUUAUCCAUGUUUAGAUUAAAGAGCACUGUACUUCAAGCUGUAUUCAUUGUUGAUCACCUGUGGUAACACUGCCUACUGGUAUGUAACCACCAGUUGCAUUAAAAGAAAGUUAAAACUAUACACCGCAGCCACGGCCUAAACGAAAAGGCAGAACUACAAGUAUCACACAUUUCCUCUCUUUUGACCCAUGCGCAGGACCCAAUGAGCAAGUGUUGCUUUCAGCAGUCCCUUUAAACACACGCAUGAACUUCUGGGUUGCGUCACCAUGAAGAAUCUGGCAACACCACUCUAUAUCUGCCCUCAGAGACUCACCUCACUCUGUCCUCUCCUCCUCCUGGGUGAUUGUUAAUGUCUGUCGGCAGCUGUGUAUGGUAUUUGUCUUGUAAUAUUGCAUCCUUCCUAUCCUUUUCCAAGUCAUAUCUAAUGUAGAGGUUAGUUUCAAGUGAAAGUAUUAACUUAGUGCUUUUCUGAUAUAUGUGUGCAAUAUCUCCUUCUCCCGAUGAGGCAUUUGGUGUAAAGGCAACUACUAUUAAA